UUAAUUUCAUUUCAUUGCAAAUAUUUUUCUCUCUCUCCACCUCUUGAUCCCAGCCUUCAUCUUCUUGAAAAUCUCUGUACUUUUUGCCAUGGGAGAAGCUCAAGAAUUGCAGCUUCAAAUCAUGGGUCAACAAUCUAAAGAAGCAGACACACCUGAAACAGCAAACCCUACUACUACCCAACCAAAACGAAACUACAAUCAAUGGAUUCGAAUCUCCAUCUACAUAAUCUGUCUCCUCUCCGGCCAAUCAGUCGCCGUAAUCUUAGGACGAUUAUACUUCGUAAAAGGCGGAGCCAGCAAAUGGCUGGCCACAUUAGUACAACUCGCCGGCUUCCCAAUUCUCAUCCCUUACUAUUUCAUUACAACCUCUAAAAAACCUCCAACAACAAAUAAUGAAACCAAUAUGAAACCGCCAUCUACCUUAAAACUCGCUGGGAUUUACGCGUCGAUCGGCUUACUGGUAGCAGCAGACUGUUAUCUUUACUCAAUUGGGCUUCAGUAUCUUCCUGUCUCAACUUACACUCUCAUAUGUUCAUCACAACUAGCCUUCAACUCAUUUUUCUCAUAUUUUCUCAAUAAUCAGAAGUUCACUCCAUUUAUAAUAAACUCUCUGUUUCUUUUGACAAUCUCAUCCGUUUUAUUAGUGUUCAACAAUGAAUCAGAGGACCCAAGUGGAGGAAGUUCUAAAGUUAAGUAUGUAAUUGGAUUUAUAUGCACUGUUGCUGCUUCUGCUGGAUAUGGACUAGUGAUGUCACUAACACAGCUAGCCUUCAGAAAAGUGAUAAAAACUGAAACAUUUAAGACAAUUAUUGACAUGAUUGUCGGUCAGCAGACAGUUGCAACUGCGGUUAUCUUAGUUGGGCUGUUUGGUAGUGGGGAAUGGAAUGAUUUGAGCAAGGAAAUGAAUGGUUAUCAGCUUGGGAAAGUUUCUUAUGUGAUGAAUUUAGUUUGGACUUGUAUUGUGUGGCAAGUGUAUUCUAUAGGAUGUGUUGGUUUGAUUUCUGAGGUUUCUUCUUUGUUUUCCAAUGCUAUAAGUGUUGUUGGUCUGCCGAUUGUUCCUAUUUUAGGUUUGUUUGUGUUUCAUGAGACAAUGGAUGGUGUUAAGGCGGUUUCGUUGGUGUUAGCUGUGUGGGGGUUCUUGUCUUAUGUUUAUCAGCAGUACCUUGAUCACCAAGAAAUGAAGGGUAAUCGCCAAGAAAUGAAGGAUGAUAACAGAAAUGUGAAAUCUUCAGAUACUGUAAUCUCAAGAAAUGAUUAAGUAGUGAGAAAAAGUAGCAUAUGUGUAUUUUUAUGAA